CAUGACGAUAAGUAUAAAAAUACCUUUGUUUUUCGGAAUUGCACUGACUAAAUAUGUUAUGGAACUCAAGAAGGAGCAUAAUACUGUAUUGGUUAUUUACCGUAGAUCAGAGCAACCACCUUU